AUGCACCUGUCCACCCGCAUCGUCGCCGCCGCGCUGGCCGCCCUUCCCCUGGCCGCUGCCUGGCCCGCCGAGCUCACGCGCAACGCCGAGGGCUUCUGCCACAGCACCCCCAGCUCGCGGCUGCUGGCGCUGCACGAGAGCAUCGUCAAGGGCGAGCAGGAGACGCUGGACAUGAUCGCCAAGGGCGAGGCCAUCAUCGAGGAGGCUCUGGCCAAGACCGAGAGCGGCCUACAGGCCCGCGGCGACGCCGGCAUGACGGUGACCAGGCGUGACAGCGGCGCGCUGAUUACUCUUGAUGCCUGGUUCCACGUCGUCUACAGCAGCAAGACGGCCAAGGGCGGGUACCUGACUUCCCAGAACAUCAAGGACCAGCUCUCCGCCCUCAACAAGGCCUUUGACCCCAGCAACAUCGCCUUCAACCUCGUCAACACCACCUACACGCAAAACUCCGACUGGGCCGCCUCCACCGACGGCUCCCAGUCCACCACGCGUGCCAUGAAGAGCAAGCUGCACCAGGGCGACGCGCGCACCCUCAACCUCUACUUCCUGCCCGGCUACGACGUCAACGGGGAGUGCACCUUCCCCGACGAGAUCGACCCCAACGAUCCCGCCACGCUGCGCAACGACGGCUGCCAGGUCGGCUCCUUCACGCUGCCCGGCAACGACAACGUCUUCAACAUGGCGCUCACGGCCGUCCACGAGGUCGGCCACUGGCUCGGCCUGCUGCACACCUUCCAGGGCGGUUGCGACGAGGAGGGCGGCGACUACAUCUCGGACACGCCGGCGGAGAAGACGAGCAACUACGGAAAGUGCCCGGCCGGCCGCGACACCUGCCCGGACCUGCCCGGCCUGGACCCGAUCGACAACUACAUGGACUAUUCGCGAGACUCUUGCUACAGCAAGUUCACAGCCGAGCAGAUCAAGCGCCAGCGCUCGAUCCUGGCCGGCCUCCGCGUGGGUAACUCUGCGUAG